AUGUGGGCGGAUAAGCACCGAGCUGACUGCUGUGGUCGAGAUGGAGAAGUAGAUGGUGAAGAUGUCUCCAGUCCAGGUGAUGUUUCGCUUGUUGCCCUUAAGCGCCUUGAAGAAGGGGCCGCAGGGAUCAGUAGCCUUGGAGAUAAACCUGGUAAGGGCCGCGACGCAUCUGGUAAGGCUCUAGAUGUCUUUGACCGUCUUCGAUUAGCUUCAAUACCCCGCUGGCAAAUCAUGAAGCCAAGGAACUUGCUUGAAGCCACCUCGAAGGCGCACUUUGGAGACGAAGACGAGGAAGAUGAUGAGAUUUAG